AUGUCUCAGUUUAUGAGCUUUUUCUUAGUUCUCUCUCUUAUUGCCUUUGCUCCCCUUUGCUGCUUCUCCGGCAAGACCCACGGGAGUUACCUCUACCCACAGUUUUAUGAUCACUCGUGCCCAAAUGCUCAACAGAUUGUGAAGUCCAUAGUGGCCGAGGCUGUGGCCAAAGAAGCUCGCAUAGCGGCUUCAUUGCUUAGGCUCCAUUUCCACGACUGGCUACGACGCAUCCCUAUUGUUGGACAGCAGAGGAACUCUGCUCGAGGGUUUGAAGUUCUGGACAAGAUCAAAUCUGCUUUGGAGAAAGAGUGCCCACUUACAGUAUCUUGUGCUGAUAUUGUGACUCUAGCUACUAGAGACUCCACGGUUCUAGUAAAGUGA